GAGGACGACCAGAAGGACGACCAGAAGCACGACCAGAAGCACGACCAGAAGCACGACCAGAAGCACGACCAGAAGCACGACCAGAAGCACGACCAGAAGGACGACCAGAAGCACGACCAGAAGCACGACCAGAAGCACGACCAGAAGGACGACCAGAAGGACGACCAGAAGCACGACCAGAAGCACGACCAGAAGCACGACCAGAAGGACGACCAGAAGCACGACCAGAAGGACGACCAGAAGCACGACCAGAAGCACGACCAGAAGGACGACCAGAAGGCGACCAGAAGCACGACCAGAAGCACGACCAGAAGCACGACCAGAAGGACGACCAGAAGCACGACCAGAAGCACGACCAGAAGCACGACCAGAAGCACGACCAGAAGCACGACCAGAAGGACGACCAGAAGGACGACCAGAAGCACGACCAGAAGCACGACCAGAAGGACGACCAGAAGCACGACCAGAAGGACGACCAGAAGCACGACCAGAAGCAGAAGACCAGAAGCACGACCAGAAGACCAGAAGCACGACCAGAAGCACGACCAGGAGGC